UCAAGGUCAUUGAGACGGAGAACAACUCAAUCAGCUCAAUUGCCUAUAAGUUCAUUGCAUGAACAUCUCCCGUGGACACGCAUUUGCAUGCAAAUCAAGGCUGUUCAGUUACAAGAGUCAGCUGGACAGGGUCGCAGAGCUCCUGGAUAAUUGGAAAGGUGUAAUAUUAUGGAGCUCAGGAAGAAAGCCAUCCGAUGGCUCGAGAACAACAGAGGACUCGUUAUUCUGAUUUUCUGUCUCCCAGCCAGCCUUCUCUUUGACCUGGUCCUCCGAACGUGGGUGUGGAUACAACGAAAGAUCAGCCCAGCUGCAGGACACACCCAUGACCAGAGGGUGGCCGAUAUACAGGCUCAAGUGCUCCGGUGGAAAGAUGUCGAACCAGCAAAAAAGAAACUUCUCUGCACAUCUCGUCCAAAUUGGCAAAGUUUAUCUGUGACUUUUUUCAAAAAGGAAGAAUGCCAUCAGAUUGCCAUCCCCUUGUACAACAUUUUGGAUUUGGACGAGAAAAAUCUUACCGUAAAAGUGGAGCCGAUGGUGACCGUGGGCGAAAUUACAAAGUUUCUGAUCCCCAGAGGCUACACUUUGGCCGUUUGUUUAGAAAUUGCGGACGCGACACUAGGUGGCUUGGCGUUAGGCGUGGGAAUGACCACUUAUUCCCAUAAGGUGGGAUUGUAUCAGGAGGCUGUGACUUCCUACGAGGUCGUCUUAGGCGAUGGGUCACUUGUGACUGCAAAAAAAGACAACGAGCACUCGGACUUGUAUUAUGCCCUUCCAUGGUCUCAUGGCUCUUUGGGAUUUUUGACAGCCUUAGAACUACAAAUUGUCCCUGCAAAGCCGUACGUCCACAUGAAGUAUAUUCCAGUUAAAGGACAAAAGAAUUACUGUGACCGUAUUAGAGAACUUUCUGGUGCAAUUGAUAAAAAUAGAAAGCUUGAUGAUUUUGUCGAAGCCACCAUGUUUUCAAAAGAUGAAGCCGUGAUUAUGUUAGCAAAUUUUGCAGAUGCACCACCAAUGUCCAAUUGGUCAGAGUGGAUGAAGAUCAAUCACGUGGCUCUCUGGUAUAAGCCAUGGUUUUAUAAGCAUGUAGAAUCCAUUAUGAAAAAGGGCAAGCCUAAAGAUGAAUACAUUCCCUUGAGAGAUUACCUGCUACGACACAAUCGGGCAAUAUUCUGGGUUGUCGAAAGUAUGAUUCCUUUCGGAAAUAAUCCAAUAUUUAGAUUAUUGUUUGGCUGGUUACUUCCCCCAAAACCAGCAUUUUUAAAGUUUACUACGACACCUGGGAUCCGAGCCAUGACUUUCACAAAGCAAGUAUUUCAAGAUAUUGUCCUACCAAUGAACCAGCUUGAAGAUCAAAUCAAUACAGCAGAGAAACUCUUUGAUACUUAUCCUAUUUUGGUUUAUCCAUGCAAAAUAUAUGAUCACGGCAAACACAAGGGACAGUUAAGACCACCUCGUAAAGACCAAAUGGUGCCAGGCUCUAAUUACGGAAUGUUCAACGAUAUCGGAAUUUAUGGAGUGCCCGGUCCUGUCAAGCGUCGAGAGCGUUUUGAUGCUGUUGACGCUCUUAGGAAAAUGGAAAAGUUCACACGAGAUGUUGGAGGUUAUGCUUUUCUUUAUGCAGACAUUUUUAUGGACCGCAAAGAAUUUGAAGAAAUGUUUGAUCUAACAUUGUAUGAAAAAGUGCGCUCUAAAUAUCAUGCAAUUGGAGCUUUUCCGCACCUAUACGACAAAGUAAAGCCAGAGAUUGACGUGUUUAAAGUUGGGCGUGAAUACAUGGACCCAUUGUAGUUGUACAACUUUGCUGAAUAAAAUGAUUAUAAUUGGAAUUGGAUAUA